UUUAGAGCGCCCACACACAUUUUGCAAACAACAAAGAAGGAAUGGCAGCGCCAGAGCAUAAGCAGCAGGAGGAUUGCUCCUUGCUUCCACUGGUCCAUGAUAUCAUAAAAUGCAUGGACAAGGACAGCCAGGAUGUCCACCAGGAGCUGAACAAACUGAAGACCAAGAUCCAGGAGGCGAGAGAGCAGAUCAGCACAAUGCCAGGCAUCAGCAUGAGCCCCGAGCAACAGCAACAGCAGCUGCAGAAUGUGAGAGAGCAGGUCCACACUAAAAACAAGCUGCUUCAGAAAUACAGGAGCCUCUGCAUGAUCGAUAUCCCUAAACCAUAGGCUGGGAUCUGUAGUAGGGACUGAGCAUGAGAGAGCUGGCUUUCUUCUAACAAACAGGACAUGUAUUGUGAAAAAAAGAAAGCCAAAGCCAUAAUUCUUUUUAAAACUUAAAUACAUGCAUUGUCAGCAAUCUGGAAAUCAUUAUAGCACUGGAUUAAAAAUGUCCAGACUUCUGCGACAGUCUGGUAAAGAUCAGUGGACCUGGCAGACCUGAGCUGUGAAUUGGUUUCAGCACUGGAGAUGUAGAAUUGUGUCCUUUAAAAGUUUGUACAUUUCCUGCCAGUUUGGCUGAUUCACCUCUUACUGUAUUAAAAGUUAAACAGUUACCCAGUGCA